GUGCCCGAGCUCGCAUGCCGCGGCCGGCCGGGGGUGGUAGCGGCGCGGGGCGCUCGGCCCGCGUCCUCCGCCGCGCUCGGGCCCGCGGGGACAUGUCGGUGGCCACGGGCAGCAGCGAGGCGGCCGGCGGGGCCGGCGGGGGCGGCGCGCGCGUCUUCUUCCAGAGCCCCCGGGGCGGCGCGGGCGGGAGCCCGAGCUCCGGCGGUGGCCCCGGCGCCUCCCGGGAGGACCCGGCGCCCGCGGCCUCGGCGGCGGCCGGGCAGGUCCAGCAGCAGCGGCGCCACCAGCAGGGAAAAGUGACGGUGAAAUACGACCGCAAGGAGCUGCGCAAGCGGCUGGUGCUGGAGGAGUGGAUCGUGGAGCAGCUGGGGCGGCUCUACGGCUGCGAGGAAGAAGAAAUGCCAGAUGUAGAAAUUGACAUUGAUGAUCUUCUUGAUGCAGACAGUGAAGAAGAAAGAGCUUUAAAAUUACGGGAAGCUCUUGUAGACUGCUACAAACCAACAGAGGACUUUAUCAAGGAGCUGCUGUCACGGAUAAGGGGCAUGAGGAAACUGAGCCCCCCGCAGAAGAAGGCUGUAUAAUUCUGGUCCAUGGGGGACUCCCCAGAGACGAAGAAGGGACCCUGGGACUCGGACUUCAUGAAGACUUUUCUUAAAGAAUACUUGUCCUUAUGAGCAACUUUUCUGGGGGGGAUCUAUUAUACAUUUAUUCGACAGUGUUCCUUUUUUUGUUUUUAAGGGUUUUCGUUAGUGUCAUAUUUUAAUAGUAACAGGGUCACGACUGUGGCUUCAGCCUGACCACACGUCCAAGGAUGGGCUGGGCUGGAGCAGGCACAUCUUCUUGGAGAAAUCAGAAGUUUAGGAAGGAUGGUUUUCUUACACCUAGUUUUGGUAACAUUUUUUUCUUCAGUUGUACAUUUGACUCAGUUGUCUAAUGUCCCUACUUGUAUAUAUCUACAGACAACUAAGUUAAUAUGUAGAUGUGAGUUUUAUUUCACCCUGAUGGAAUUAACUUGUGGUCGUCCUUUUGCUGGAGGUCACGGCAAGUGUGUUUUCAAGAGGCCACUAGAUAUUCUUCGUGUGAGCGCUGCUGACCUUCAACAUUCACUUUACGCACCAAAGUGAAGCACUCGGUGUAUCCGUUAUUUGAAUGAGCUACACUACAGACAUGUUGAGUUGGUCAAGGGCUUAAUUUAUGGACUUGAUGUUAUUUCAUUAAUUGGGAUGCUUUGCCAGGUCAUGUACUUAUUGCCUCAUUUGUGGUAUUUUAAAGUUUAAUGAACCCUUACUUUGAAGGACUAUUUGGAUUUCUAGAGAAAUGCCCAUGCUAUCUGAGUGGAGCUUUGCAGUGGAAAAAGGAAGCGCUGUGUAGCAACUAACUCUGCUUUCAACCAAAUACUGUGUAUUGUUCUCUCUUCAUGAAAGCACGUCAUAAGGAAGUUAGCAAACUAAGUCUCUUCCUCCUUAGAAGUAGAUUCUGGUCACUUCUGUGCCUGGGCAGCAUCCAACCAGAGGGGGUGAGCUGAGUGUGCAGCGGGUGUGGAGGUGAGGAGGUGAGGAAGACAUACCUCCUCGCCUCAAGAGUGGACACAGGAGCAUUUGCUGGUGUGGAAGUGUGAGGCUCGCGUGUCUCACUUGUCUCAAUAGCAUACGGUAAAGACUCUGGCUCCUGGCCCUAAUUCUGCACCCCGAUCCCCUUGCCUGGUGCACCUGUCCUGUCCCUCUCAGUUACAUCCCAGCUCCUUGGAGAAGGAUCAAAAUCAGAUGGAUGUGGGUGGGGGUCAAAGGUGAGAGCAGAAGCUCUUCCUUCCCUCCAGGAGGUGGCCACUGGCUCCCCACAGAUACCCCACCCCCACCAGGUCCUAGGUGGCCCUGUCCGAGGACAGGGGUCAGGCAUUUUAUAUCAAGGGUGCUCUGAACAUAUUUUAUUUUUUAAAAGAACUAUGUUUGUGAAUUUUAUGUAUACUG